AUUUUUUUAUACAUCGUGAUGUAAAGACCACAAAUAUUUUACUGGAUGAUAUAAUCUGCAAGCUCAAAUUUCGGAUUUUGGAUUAUCUAAAACAAGUCCAGUAAAUCAGGCAACUACAUUUGUCAGCAAUCAUGUCAAAGCUUGAGGUUUUUUGUGGAAGGCCAGCAGUGGACAGGCACUAGUACAAAAUGGGAUUAGCUGGAUGGGCGCAACACUGCUACAAAGAAGGAAUAUCGGUCAGAUAAUUGAUCCCAGAAUAAAGGAGCAAAUAGCAAUAUGUCUCUGUUAACUCUGAAAGUGCCCUAGGGUUUUGACAAGACAAUUUUUGAAUAUCUGUUUGGCAAGAUCAAAUUAUUCAAUAUAAUCAAUGGGAUUCCUACUUUCAACCGCUAUCUUGGAAACUUCGCAUGAGGAUUGCUCUUGAUGCAGCAAAGGGACUUGCAUAUCUUCACAGUCCAGAAGCAAAUGUGAUUCAUCGUGAUUAUAAAACGGCCAAUAUAUUGAUUGAUUCAAAUUGCAAUGCGAAGCUCUCUGGGUUCGGAUUGGCAAAAAAAGGACCAGAACAUGAUAGGACUCACGUUUCCACAGAGAUGAAUGGAACAGUGUGUUGCAUAGCUCCAGAAUAUGUGGCUACAGGUCGUAUAACAAUGAAAAGUGAUGUCUACGGCUUUGGAGUUGUUCUGAGAGAAAUUUUAACAGGACAAAGUGUAUUUGAGUUGCUCUGUGCAAGGGAAGAGGGUCUUGUUUCUUGGGCUAAGUCUUGUCCUACCAGAGAACCGACGAUUUGGAUGUCAUGGAUGCAGAUAUCCGAGGCCAGUAUACGAUCACAGCAGCACUACGAGCUUCUUCCCUCGCGCUGAAAUGCCUCUCUGUGGAUCCCAAAUAAAGACCUGAUGCAAACCAGGUGGUGAAGGAACUUGAGCAGCUUCAAGAUUUGUAAAACUUAUGAAAUAUACAGAGUGAAGACCUCUAGAGUCUAGACUCUGACGUCUCUGAAAGCAUUCUGCUGCAUGGGCUUUAAAUAACUUUAAUAGGGAAGAAAAUAACAGAGGAGAUACUCUGUUCUUGUUAAUGUAGUGUCUACCAUUUGGAAACUUUUUUUUGUUUUUUUUUUUGUUUGACAGUGCAGGCAUAUACCCGGAUGUCCCGGAACAACAAAGGAUAAAUCCAGGCUAUCCAAUCGUGCUCAUUUGGAACCUUUUUAUGCUA